AUGUCGACGCACCAUCACACGUCCUACAUCGCCGUGAUCGGGGGCACUGGGGCCCAAGGCAUCCCAGUUGUGCGCGGUCUGGUCAAGGACAAACACUACAAAUGUCGAGUCAUGACCCGAGACGUGAAUUCUCACAGGGCCAAAGAACUGAUUGCAAUGGGAAAUGUUGAGUUGAUGGAGGGCACCUUCGCCAGUGAGGAAGAUCUUCGCAAACUCUUCCGUGGCUGUGACGGAGCCUUUGUCAACAUUGACGGUUUCAACUGCGGAGAGAAGACAGAAAUCUAUUGGGCAAUCAGAUCAUACGAGCUGGCUCUCGAGGAGGGCAUCAAGCUUUAUGUCUAUGGGAACCUAGACUACGUCUACAAAAAGAGCGGCUAUGAUCCCAAAUUUCGGACCGGUCACUAUGAUGGCAAAGGCAGGGUCGGAGAAUGGAUCCUUGCUCAGAACCAGGUCAAUAGCCACCGCAUGGGAGUCGCAGUUUUUACCACUGGACCUUACAUCGAAAUGAGCAUCGCCAAACAAACCAUCUUCACGCCCACAGUCGAGAACGGUACUGUGACAUGGCGUUGCCCAGUUGGAGACGGGGCGGUAGUCCACGUCUCCCUCGACGACUGCGAGUAUUACGUUCGCUGGCUGUUCGACCAUCCAGAGCGGUCGAACGGCAUGGAUCUCGAAGUUGCAAUCGACCACAUUCACUAUGCCGACCUGGCCAAGGCGUUUGAGAAAGUCACCGGCCACCCAGCCAGAUACAUAGACACUGAUCUCGACACCUAUUGGUUGAAUGGAAACGUGGCGGGUGCUGCGAACACUGGAGCAGGGUACAACUCGGACCCCAACGACCCUGCCUUCAUGACGUUCAAACAGAAUUUCACUGGAUUCUUCAACAUGUGGAAGUAUUCUGGUCACAAUGAGGGUGUCAUUCGUCGAGAUUAUAAGCUCCUAGACGAGAUUCAUCCCACCAGGAUCAGGAGCGCAGAAGAGUUCUUUCGCAGGGAAGACGCUCGGGGAAGGAAACUGGGACUAGGCAGUCUUUGGGAUCGGGUCCAGGAGAAGAAUCUCAAGCCAGUGCUCAAGAUUGGUGAAGACAGGCGGAGGGGAAGACUGUAA